ACAAAGUCUUUCCUCCUACUCCUCCUCCUUCGUAAACCUUAGAGAAAGAGAGACACAAAAUACGAGAAACAAACAUCGUUGUUUCUCUAUCCUCUCUCUCUCUCUCUCUCUAGGGUUUCUGUUUCUGUUCUUUCAAAUUCCUCUUAUUAUUCCAUUUUCUCUCUCCUCAAAUUCAUUCAUAUUCAGAAAAAAAUAUUUCUGAGGUGAAUAUAAAGGCAUUGGCUUUGAUCCAUUUUGAAUAUUAAACUUAUUUUGCUUGAAGAAGCUUUUGCAAUCAUGGUUUUCUGGAUUUUUGGCUAUGGCUCCUUGGUAUGGAAUCCAGGAUUUGAGUACGACGAGAAAGUGAUAGGUUACAUCAAGGAUUACAAGCGUGUGUUCGAUCUUGCUUGCAUUGAUCACAGAGGUACACCUGAACACCCUGCAAGAACUUGCACCUUGGAAGAAUCUGAAGGAGCUAUUUGCUGGGGUGCUGCUUAUUGUGUGCGAGGAGGUCCUGAAAAGGAAAAGAAGGCAAUGGAGUAUCUGGAAAGAAGAGAGUGCGAGUAUGAUAGUAAGACCUUAGUAGACUUCUUCAAGGAAGAAGACUCUGAUGAUCCACUUUUAACUGGAGUAAUAGUGUUUACAUCCACUCCUGACAAGGUGAAUAAUAAGUACUAUCUAGGACCUGCCCCGUUAGAAGAGAUGGCCUGGCAAAUUGCAACUGCUCAUGGUCCAUGUGGGAACAACAGAGAAUACAUAUUCAAGAUGGAGAAGGCUUUGUAUGAUAUUCGUCACGAAGAUGAUUACAUCAUAGAGCUGGCAAAUGAAGUGCGGAAAGUGCUUGAUAUCGUGAGUUCUGGGAUUCAGAAGGAGAAUAAGCUAGCUGGUUCUCCCCGCCUUCCACUCAAGACCCAAACUUCACCUGUGAAAAUCUUUUCCAUGCCAGAAGCUGUAGUUGCUGUUGCUGCAGACUCGUAGAGAGAAUGAAUUUUAUGAGGAAUAAGUAGGAGUUAACCGUGAGAUAAUUGUAGGAGGGUUUAAUUUCAUUUCUUACUUUGAACAGACUAAUGUAGUGGCAAUUGCUGUUGAAUUUAUGUGUUCCAAAAGUUCUAGCCGUUUAAUGAUCUUUGUUGGUAGCAGCACUACUAGUAGGCCUUAUAUUUCUUUCCUUGAACUUAGUAAUAUUUGGCCAGAGAAUAAGUUGACCUACUAACCAGGUGAUACCACGGCCAGUAUUGUUCUUUGUAGGAACAUGGAUUAUUGAGCUCUUUUUUGAAA